UCAUAGUACAGAAAGGAUACACGAUGUACGUAGUUGCAGAUGGUCAGUGAAAAUUGAUCAAAAGCGCUAUGCAGUAAUCGGUUGGAAGGUGAAAAUGAUCUCAUUAACAUCGAAAGUGACGGAUUUAUUGUGAUCAAAUGUCGAAACGUCUGAAAUUACCGCAGCAAUUGAAUAGAAUCGAACAUUUUUAAAGGUUUAUAGAACUAUAUGGUGAUUGUUCUGGAACAAAAGGAAAAGUAACAGACAACUAAAUCAACAUCACAAUUUGGCAACUAACUGCCAAUAAUGGGGAAAAAGAAACCAAUCCCUGAGGAGGACCUAAUUAUACCGCCACAAAACUCUCAAAUAUGUGGCGUGAUAUGUGUUUGUCAGCUAACCUUCGUGUUGAGCACGGUAGCCAUCGUUUAUCUGACCGUAGCCAUCUACAUGCCGUCGUCACGUGUAAUGAAAAGUGGCAUCGAUGAGACCCCAGUCAUGUGCACAACCACCAAAGCCCUCAACAAGGAUGCAUGUGAGUGGGGUUCUUGUGGAGAAUGGUGUCUCAGUAAGACCUCGGGUGCUUGCAUACAAAUUUUUGUACAUCUUCGCACCAAUGGAAGCAGUUUGACAUUCCAGAAUUGUACCAAUUCGGCCAAUAAAACGUGCUAUGGGAUAGAUCAAGAGAAUGCGAAGAAGGCUCGUUGUAUAGCAGAUGAGUGCAAAAACCUUACCGGGACUUUCAACUGCACUACUGGAAUGUGCAUCAACAUUACGGAUGCAUUUGAAUGUGUGUUCAAGAACACAGAUAGUCCUUUGAAGUGCUCAGGACGACGAGGCAAGAUCACCUGUAUCGACAUAAAUGGGCUAUUCUCAUGCAAUCGUGGAACAUGUCGAAAGAUAAGAACUCCAUACAAUUGCGACCGCCGCUGUGUGGAUAUUCCAACUAGGAAUAAGAAUAUGAUACUAUUGAGUGGAGAUAAAGUUUAUCUUUCGCAAUGUUCAAAUGCGAUUGACACAGUAAAGAAUACCGAAGUGUGGAAUGAAUCGGACAACAAAGUUAUAAUGGCUUCCUGUUAUACCAUUCAGAAUACAAGCAAUGGCAUCCAGGCUACGGAUUGCGUCAAUGGGUCUCUCCUGGAAAAGGAUGAAUUAACCGAUCUUACCAACUUCACUUAUCUUAGCUACCUGCACUAUGCUGUAUCCACGCCAAUUAAAACUAUUGCUCCUUUGGAACAAGAUUUGACCAUAUCCAACGAGUCUAAACUGAUGAUCAAUUUGGAAGGCUGCGUAAACACGCUCCAGGACGAAUGCAAAGAUUUCCUCAAAGAAUACGGCAAGGAUGGCACCGAUCAUAAUGCUCGAGCACGAUUCCCGUGCUUCUAUUCCACUAAUAAGCCGGAUAUGGUGGUGGCUCGUUUCGACAUGGAAGCAUCAUACAAACAGUUCAUGGUUGGGUUCUUCGUACCAACCAUCUUGUUUGCAGUGUCCUGUCUAACUUUGAUAUUCUGCCAGAAAACAAUCCAUAUUGGCGAUGACGCAAGAAUGCGUUUUGUCGGUUGUGCCGACAAAGAAGCUCUAUCUGCUAGUGGAGGUGUCAAUGGCAAAUCUAAAGCCAACUCUGGUGAUGGCGGUGGAGGCGGCGACUCGGUUAUGGCUCUCUGAGAUCCAUCACGCAUUCCUCUACUGCAAGAAGACAGUCCAGUUCAUCAAUCAGGUGUAUUUUCACUUCACUGAUUUGCCGUCAGAAGUUUCAAUUUCCUCUUCUACCACUACUUUCGAUCGAACCGAACAUGUCGAUUUGUUUCUCGUCUUCUUUAAAUUGAGUGAGCACCGUAUAGUUCUUAGUUUCCCCGAGAAGGAAAGGAAGCGUGAGAGUGUUAAGAUUUAAUGACAAUAACACACAUUUUAUCCCUUUCAAAUCCACUUAAGGCACGAAUGCGAAUAUUUGAAUGCGUAAAGCAUAACGCGUAACGCAGAGGAGAACAUAAUUUGCGCUGAAGAAUAUCGAGACAGCUGCUCCACCACAUCCAAUGACCAAUAUGAUAAGUUAAUACCAACCCGAAGUGUAUUCCAAGCAUAAUAGAUACCGUUUAUAGUUGUGUUGUCUACAGGAGAGAGCUUCUAUUUUGAUACCAAUAUUGUUGAUUAAAGUUAAUAUCCGCUUUUGUGAAACCAAAAAAAUGCAAUAGCCUGAAGUUACCAAUGGCUUGAAAACGGAAAAAUGGUGUUUCGUAUUUAGUCAUGCGUAUCGUAUAAAAUAUGUUGUUGCGAAAGCUUUCGUUAAAUUAGAUUGGGUUUUGAGAUUUUAUUGAAAAGCAAAGUUGAAAAUCUACACCAAUAUUGAAGGACACGUGAACGUAGUCAAAUACAACAAAACAGCAACUGCAACAUUACGCCACGAAUGCUCAAACAACAGCAUCGUCUAACGUGUUCUAAAUGAGUUCCAGAGCCCAAAACACUGUGGAACACAGGACAACAUCAAUAAGAGCAGCAGAUAGAGCGAAAUCAGAGGAAUGCGUGAAUUAUCAGACUUUAAACUACUUAACAUGCUUAAGACAUCACACAUAGAGCAAGUAGCAAAGCAAAGCAAAUAGACGAAUUAGUACUAGGUAACACUCGGUUGAAACCUAUCUAAAAAUAAAGGAUCUUGGAAACGGAAAACCAAACCAAAAACAUAUGAGAAUCGCUUUAAACCAAAAGAAACCUAUUAAUAGCACAUAAAGCAACCAGUAGUCUUAUUCAUUCCGUGCAAGCUACAAUCAUCAAAACCGGAUCCAAAAUGAGGUCGAACGAACUACGCUCAUCCUCAUCAACACUUUCGGCGGCUCCCAGUUUGGUAACAAUGAGCAAGCCUAGCUUAAACAAUAGCAAAGCUAGUCUAACGCACAGUCGACAAAGCGUUGCCGAGUCCGACAAAGAACCAAAACCUCCUACUCGAGAGGAGAUGAUUGCCGAGCUGCUGGAGAAGGCAAAAUUCUACACAUCACUUUGUCUAGGCACGACGGCAAUUCUAUCGGUGUUUGCGUUUCUAUUUCUGAUACCAUUCGUGGUAGAUCCGGCCAUAUCAACCAUCGUGGCUGACUAUGACCCGGUCCCUGUGACCUGCAUUCUGACCGAGCACGUCUACGCCGAAGGCAUGCGAAACUGUACCUGGAGUUCAUGUCGCGAGGGUUGCACAACGGCAGCCAUAAGAUGCCACCAGAUACUGGUCAACUAUUCCAAAAUUGCAUAUCACGAAUGGCAGAAAGAACCACGGGACCUUAAUAGCGUAGAGUGGGACGUCAUGGACACCAAAUUUCUGGUCAACACGGAGGGAUGUGGUUACCCUCCAAGGGUAAAUUGUACAGAAUUUGCAAAGAAGUACGGGUCAGCCCAUCAAGGGGAACCCUUUCCAUGUUACUAUAGUCGUGCCUAUCCCGAAAUGGUGGUCGCUCGCUAUUCCUGGGAUGACAAUCUGAAGCAUCUGAUUCUUUCACUAAUCAUACCAAAUGUGCUCUUCGCCGUUUCAAUCGGAGUGCUUAGCUAUUGGUACUGUCCGUGUUGUGACAAAGCCUGCCACAAAUCUCCCCGCGUCUACGCAGAAAAGUAUCCUACCAAGGAAAACAAACUUCUGUGCCGUAGUGACGAUGAGGAAGACGAACUAGACUACUGAAAGUUUAUUUUCGGUUUUUCAUCACGCAGCAGCUGAUUUUAUAAAAUUACAAAUCAACAUUUUCCAUCACACACCAACCACCAAAAUUCACGACAAACUUAUUUUUCUUCAGUUAGUCUUCAAACCAAAAAAAAAUCCGUCGUCGUCUAACGAAAUUGGUGCAAAAUUUUGUCCAUUAUCAAAGAAUCCGGAGCAGCAACCAUUUUGCAGUUUUGAGAGUAACCGAUUUUGAGUAUCUAGUUAGUUUCUAGAUUUUUUUAAAUCUCUUGCUGCAUGUUAUAGAUCAUUCAUAUAGUUCAGCAAAUGAUCCAAGCACCAUUACAUCAGACGAUUAUUAUUUUGAAAUUGCAGUUACAGCUUUCGUUAAUAAAUGCUUUGUACCAUUUAGCUUCAGCAAAAUACUUUUAUUGCCAUUUCAAUAGAUUAAAAUUCUGUUUCUACACGUUGAAGGAUUUUAUUAUCGUAAAAUAGCAUGCUGCUACUAAGUUAACUAAGUGUAAAAAACGACAAUUCUAUGUUAUCUAGAGCUUCAUCAUGUACCGUAUCGGCUUCGUGUAAAUAUUGUACAAAAGCUAGUUGAAUCUGUCUCACCAAUGUAAAUAAAUCGAAUAUUGAACAGAUCAAAACGUGAUAUGCAAAUACUCUGCCAAAUGCAAUAUUCAAUGUCUCAAUGAUAGUAAUUGCGUCUUAAAUAAGGGUACACUUGUUUUACCACCAUGAGUCAUGAGGAGUUGUUCUACCAUAAAUGAAACAAAAUUUUGCAAUCCCAAUAUUUACAGGACCCUUUGCAAGUUACUUAAUAUCUUUAGAUUAUUGUUAAUUCAUUUUCUCUUACUAUUAAAGCCAUCUUUUUCCUAUUUUUAUUAAUUGAACUUUUCUUCGAACGUAACACUUCUCCUAAUAUACUUAUUUAUUUCCGUUUCUUUCUAUUACCUGUAUUCUUACGCUUUCCUUUACAAAUCUUUUGGUAACUCCAAAAACAACCUACACCUAAAAUCACCAACACCGGAAUGAACUCCCACAAAUCCACCAUUCCAGUAAGGAAUCUUGGAACAUUGAGUAUCCACAAGAUUACAUUACUAAAAUCUGAGAUCAAGCAGCAUCAGUGAAGUCACCAUCGCAAGACCAAACCUCAGCAAUGCCAGAAACGACACCAGCGGGUCAUGGCCAACAAAAUGCCGCCUGAAUGUUUAUCAGUUUUCGCCAGCAAUCAUCAUCGUCAAUGUUUCUUCGGUUCGCUAUUCCAGACCAACAGAAUUUUAUUUUGUGUCGAGAAGCAUUUUAAGAUAUUUGUUGAAAGUCGUGUUUUAGAUAGAUACAGCAAACUAAAUCCAAAGAACAAAUUAUAUAAAGUAGAACAGUUUAUAUUUUUAAAGUCCGCUAUGCGAUCAAGAUAAAGAACAAUGAAAGUUGUGCGCUUCAAAGUUAAAUAUUUUCGAUUCGGUAAAUUAAUAAGUGAGACAACAAGUUAAGAAUCUAUCACUCGAGAGAAUUAUCGAGUAUGAGACGAGGAAAAUCUUUUACGAAAUAACUACUACUAGCAGAUAUAUUGUCACGCUUGACCAUUGAAAUUCA